AUGGACGAACCUUUGAGUCACGUAAUUUGGUCGCAAGUCCUAGAAGAGACAUAUCUUAAGUUUCAAUGGUCUGAAGAGGUCAAAAAACAUACCUACGUUGAUAGAAAAGUUGAGCCAAGUGUUAUUGAAGAAGCAAUCCAAUCUUAUAUGAAUGGCGAUAAUAACACACAAAGGUGUAGAGCAAGAUAUCGCGGGAGAAUCAUAAUUCAGAAGGAUUUAGGUGAUAAUAAACUUGUUCGGGUGGUAGUAGCGACUAAUCCGAACCCGCCAGACGUAAACUUCGAAUAUUAUAAUGAUACGGAUAAUCUGCAAAUUUAUAUGUUAAGAAUUUCUGAAGGUCUUUAUGAUAUCUCUGACGAAAUCAAUGAUGACCUUCUAUUAUCUUAUGACCAUGAAGGCAAGAUAGUAGCUGUUGAAAUAUAUGAAGUAUCAAAGUUAUUACAUGCAUCCUUCGUUCAAGGAAAGCCACACUUUGUGAUUAAUCACAUCUAUCAUGAAGAUUCUAAUAUUUUGAGGUUUAAUUUCGUUAAAAGUACUCCAAUCAUGGUAAAUUUCAAGAAAACCGAGGUGGAGGAUAUUGAGGUGGGAAUUGAUAACGCUGGAAAGCUUGUUAGUUUACUCUUUUAUAAUGCUAGUAAAGUUGCUAAAAUUUCUUUAAAUCUAGCAGUAUCUGAUGGUCUUCCUUUAGACACUUAA